AUGGACACAUCCAACAAGGCUCCGAUACCGGCAUCUUCGGCAUCCGUGCCGCCGCCGCCGCCGCCAACAGGCAGCGCCAAUGGAGGUGGCACAGCAUCGGGAGAGCCGCACCUGCCCGUCUCUGCGGAUGCUCUUCCCUCUGCCACUGCCGGACAGGCUACGGAAGGGACCGACCAGACCGCCGCCGCUGCUUCUACUAAUUCUGCUGCCUCUGCAGCUGGUGCCGACACCGCCUUCGCCGCUGCCCAUUCGGCCCAUGCCGCCCUCGCGGCGAAGUCGGCCGGGCCGAGCCGACUACAUCUCCUCAGCUCAUCAGUCCACAGCCUCUACGGCGCGGCGGCAGACUCCCGCAGUCACGGCGGCGACCAAGCAGCCUCAACCAGCGACGCAGUUCGCGCGGAUGCACCGCCAUCCUCUGCACCCGUUUCGUCUCCGGACACAAGUCUCUCGCGCCAGCAGUUCCACUCUCUCGUCGCCCAGAUCCGUCAGGCCGCCGCCAACUUUGCCCAGACCAGCCCUGCUUUCUCCCAGCAGUCCUCAGCCCAGCAGAUGCCCUCUCAGCCAUCGCAGCUGCUGCAGCCUCCCUCUCUCGAAGCUUCGGCGACCUCCAACGCGGUGAGACGCUACGUCUCGCUCCUCGCAGAGACGUCCAAGCACAUCGCCGAGCUGCGUCACUCGAUCGAUUCCUUUUCCCCCGUGGCCGCGCCUCGGACAAACGACCGCGUCUCCUCGUCGGCCAUGUCCGUCAGCUUGGCCCGUCUACGCUCCUUGGCCGCGUCAAAGGACGUCUCGGGACAUCCGGACAAGGCCACCGAGGCCCUCGAUGCCCUGUGCACCGCCCUCGAGGCCCAUGCCCGCGCCCUCGGCCUCGAGACCUUCGCAGAACGUGCAGAGCAGACGCAGACCCAGCCCUCGUCCAGCACGCGACCCGCAGAGACGCUCGUGCAUACCCUCACAAUCGGUGCAAAGAUCCUCGUCAUCGACGUCGAGCUCGCCGUCCAGCGGCAGGACACUGAUGCCACUCUCCGACCCGUCGUCCGUCUCAAGCUGUCAUACGCCAACGACGCCGACCACGCCUCGCCAAGCAGGGACCCGGCACUGGCAGACCUGCUACAGAGAGACGUCCAAUCUGCGGCCGACUUGCUCUUCGGUGUCGAUGAGGAGCGGCAGCGACAGCAGCAUCAGCAGCAGAGGUGCCCAUCCGCUCGCAUCGCCGACUGCUUUGUGCGCCUCGGUGCCAACCUCGAGGCUCUGCUGCACUUUGACGAGGUGGCAGCUCAGGUGCACGAGGCAGGCCCCGCGGCCGAAGUCGAUGUCUUUGAUGCUCUGCAGCAGCUCAGCUCGCAGGUGUAUCGAGUCGCCGAGGCAGAGAGGCAGGACGCCGCCCUGGCCGCUUCGGCGUCCGGCAGCACCGAGGCCGCGGCGGAGCGACGGCUGCUCGAGCGUGGCCACGGAAUCGCAUCCGUCCACCGGGCCCGCCCCUUCCUCGAGGUCGUGUAUGCCCGCGACGAGGUGUGCCAGGUCGACUAUCGGCUCAGCCUCGGCGUCGGUGCUCUCGACUUGGGCGCCGAAUCCUCGCCAUCCGACGCAUCGUCCGGCCCGUCGUGGUCCAUGGGCAGCAGGGCGCUGGCCGCGCUCCAAGAGGCCCAGGCCGGCAUGGACCCGUCCUCGAAGCUGGGCAGCGUCAGGCGGGGCGCGUCCACCGUACCAGUCCGCUUCAUCGCGCAGCUCGACCCGCCCGUCGUCGUCACACGAGCCACCGCCGCCAAGCUGGCGAGCAUCUGCCGACUGCCCGGCAGUACAAAGACGGUGGCUGCCUCAUCCCUCGGCGGCUCGAACUCCCAGCCCGCCUCGUCAGCGGAUGGCGCAGUGUGGUUCGAAGACGUCCUGGCAUCGGCGUGGGCGCAGCGGCCGACUGCUCCGUCCGCAAGCGACUACCUGCCUCGCUGCUCAUUCACCCUGGCGCGCACACCCGACAGCUUGCGCGACCCCAAGUCGCAGGGCCUCAUUGUCGAUGCGCUGCCCUUGAUGUGCUCCGGGCCUGUCUCGAACGAAGCUGGUGCCUCGGGCGCAGAUGCGAUGGACGUCGACCAAGGCGCAUCAUCGGCUGCCAGCACUGCAGCCCGUCUGUUUGCGGCCAUCGAGACGCUCCGGGACGAGGUCAGGACAACCGAGCUGGCUCACUCGGCGCUGUCCAGCAACCAGGACGACCCGGGCGCCACGACGGCUCCUGCUGCCGAGCCGACCCUCGACGAGCUCCUGGGCGAUGCUGCGCCGCCUUCGGGUCCGGCCAAGAUCCCAGUCGUCAUCAGCUGGCGAGGCCCUGUGGCGAGCGCCACCGCAGAUCCGGCGUCGACCGCUGAGCCGCCACAGCCCCUGCUGAUGGACCUCGGCUUCGGCGUUGCGGCGCACCGUUCAGCGCAAGCUGGCCGAUCGCACCUCGACAUGCAGGUGACUGUCAGCCCCGCCGCACCCUCAUCGCCAGAUGCCGCCUGGAGAGUCGAGGUGACUUCCGUGCUGCGCGGCGCAGAUCCCCCUGCGCAGACCAAGAAGCUGGCCGCCGACGAUCCGGCGGCACAGCAGCUGGCGGCUCAGUUGUCGCAGGCCGGGGCGGCCAGCGGGCUCGAGGCGCUCGAUCGGAUCGUCGUGAUGGCCCUGGAGUGGGCCCAGGCGCAGCUUGGCGUCCAGGCCGAGAUCCCAGCACCGCCGUCCGCCGGGAAGAACGACGGCGGCUUUGACCCUUCGGCGUACGAGGAGCAGAACGUGCACGCCGUCUACGAAACGAUCGCGCCUCACUUCUCGAGCACACGGUACAAGCCCUGGCCAUUGAUCCCGCUCUUCAUGUCGACGUUGCCCGCUGGGAGUAUUGGUGCAGACCUUGGAUGCGGGAACGGAAAGUACCUCCCCAUUCGAUCCAUGCUCGCACAGUCGUCCGACGUUGCGGCGGCUCGAGACACCAUCGCGGCGGACUCUUCGCCAAACAGCCUCCUGACCAUCGGCGUGGAUCGGUCGUCGAACCUGCUCAGCCUCGCGCAGACCAACUUUGGCCAAGAUGCUGCCGUUGGAAAGGAUGUUGACAGGACGGACGCGGCGCCUUCGCCGCCACGACGCCUCCACGAAGUCGCGGUCGGCGACGCGAUGAUGAGCGGUCUGAGGACCGGAGUAUUUGACUAUGCCAUCAGCAUCGCAACAAUCCACCACUUCUCGACGUGGGAGCGGAGAGCCAAGGCGGUACAGGAGCUCAUCCGACUUGUACAGCCAGUCGCUUCUGCUCCGACCGCGUCCGCCUCUCCACCCGAGGCCGAGGACGAGGCAUCGAUCCGGCUCAAUGGCGGACGAGGCGCGGGACGAUUCAUGAUCUUCGCGUGGGCCCUCGAGCAAAAGGACGAGGGCAAGCGGCAGUUUGAGGGCAUCGCAAAGGGAGGGGCGGAAGCGGCGGAACGCAAGAGCAAGGAGAGACUCGUCUCGGACAGCGGGCUGGGAUCGCUGUCGAGGAGAGAGGCGUACGAGAAGAGCAGCAAGGACGCGGCCGACGAGCAGGAUCUGCUUGUGCCGUGGGUGCUCACACAGCCCAAGGCCAAGAACAAGCCCCAGCACGGCAAGGGUGUGACGGGAGAGAAGGGCAGCAGAAGAGGUGGUCGGAAAGACAAGCCAGCAGAGGCGCCGCCCGACGCGACGCGCAUCGAAGACGACCUGUCCACGCUCAAGGUGGACGACAAGCCGGCCGAGGAUGCCGCGCCGGCCGUGGCGGGAGCUGCUCCCGUCUACCAACGAUACUACCACGUUUUCCGAUCCGGCGAGCUCGAGGCGCUCGUGGAAGCGGCAGGCGAGGCGAUGCCCGUGGUUCACCGGCGCAACGGCCAGCUGGCCAGCAUCAAGGUGAUCUGCGAGGUCAGCGGCUGGGAGCGCGGCAACUGGUGGGGCAUCUGGAGGGUCGAGUGGGCCUAG